AAUUUAUAAUAAGAUAUAAUUAUAACCAAUACUCUGACAUACUUUCAGUUUAUAUUCAAUACUUUAUGAGUCAUUCGUAUAGGCGUACAUCAUUCUCUGAUGCACUGUAGAAUGUUGCUCUUUACAUAAAGCGAUAAUAGAAACAGAUAAAGAUGAGCUAUUACAGAUGCUUUGCCACUAUCUAAGCGUUAUUAAAAGUAUAUUUUGUCUUUGUUUAAAUUAAAAUUUCUUUAACAAAGGAAAAUUUUUGGCUCUUAAACAUGAAUGAUAAAACCUCAGAAGAUGUUCUAAUUUUCAAAUUUAAAUUUUUCAUAAAUGAAUUACACACUCACCAAAUAAAAAUUAGUCUUUAGUAACUGUGGUUGAAUUUUUCUUGCAAUACUGAAUGUUCUUCUUAAUGAGAUUGUUAGAAGCAUGAUGGAUGUUUAGUCUUUGUCAAUUUAGAUAGUUCUUCUGACUUUUCUCUCCAGAAAAUGAAAUUUUUUUACUGAUGGUGCUUGAACGGCCUUAUUUCUAUCAGCCUACUUCCUUAAGUUAAACCGAUAUCGGCUAAUUCAUAAUAUAUCUCGAUUAUCUUAUUUUUCCUUGUAAAAACCGGCAAUUGGUUCGACGAUUAGGACACGUGACAUCAGCUGAUCGAUAGUAGCGCCCUCUGUUACAAACUGGACAUUGUAUGGAAAUCAGAAUUUAGUUCAUUGAACUAUGUUUGUAAUUUCUUUUGUUCUGAUUUAAGAUUUAGUUUAGUAGUAAAAUAACUCUAUUGUAACUUUAUUUUUAUCGAAAAGAUAAAAAAUUUCAAAUAUUUUCUUCGCAAGAUAAUACUUUUUAGAUAUUCUUGAUAUUUAUUUUCUUUUUUUGACUUUUCGUAAAUUUCCCCAAUUAUCACUCAAGAACACGAUGUUUCGCAUCUUCACUCAUCGAACCUUGGUUACCAAUACCACAUUACCUAGAAUUACAGUUCCUGUGAAAAUGCAGUAUAAACUGCAGAAAUCACAACAAAAACAAGAUGUAAAACGAUAUAGAGAACAUGAAACAAAUCAUCCAAAGGGUCAACCUAUUAUAACUUGUAAACGGAAACAAUUCAACCAUUACUAUGGGACAAGAUACCGACCUCUGAGCAUUAAAUGUCUAGCGUCUGCAGGUUGGAAACAUAAGAAAUCGUCCAGUGAUCAUUUUACUUUAAAUCCUUUUAGUUCUAAUCCUUCAUUUAACAAUGAUAGAACAUUUACCGAUUUGGAAAUAUUACCUGAUUUAGUGGAAACGUUAAAAGAUAUGAAUAUAAAGGAUCCAACAGCUGUACAAGCUAAGAUUAUACCCUAUUUUCUGAACGGGAAAAACGUGUUGUGUUCAGCAGAGACAGGAAGUGGGAAAACUUUAGCCUAUCUAAUUCCAAUAGUUCAAAACUUAUUAUACUCUCAAUACCAAAAAAGUGGAGAGACAAUACCUAAUCAACCUUCAGCAGUUAUCUUGGUUCCCAAUAGAGAAUUAGCUGAACAAGUUUAUAACGUUGCUUGUGAUCUGUGCAAACAUUCUGAUAUAAGGCCUCAUUACUUUGUUGGCGGUCGGAGUACAAAGAGAUUUAUAAACAAUCCAGAAUUAAAGAAAAUGGACAUAUUAAUUUCAACACCUGGAUCGCUAAGUAAAUUAUUGACUAACAAAAUAUAUAAUACAGAUAUGGUAAAGUAUGUAAUAAUCGAUGAAUGCGAUACCAUGAUGGAUGACAGCUUCAUGCAUUUAACAUCCCGAGUAUUAAGGAAGUUAAAUGUAGAAUCAUCUCUUCAUGAUGGAUUAGAAUUAGGUACUCAAAUAGGAUUGUUUAGUGCAACAAUACCUAAAGAUGUAAUUUCUACUCUACGUGGGCUAGUUGAUUUAGAAUCCCUUGAACGAAUACAAACUCCUGCAGUUCAUAAGUUGAUGCCACAUAUAUCACAGAAAUUUGAGAGAGUAAAGUCAUCAGAAAAAGAUGGUCUCUUAUUGAAAAGAUUACAUCAUAACGUUUUAAAAAGUACAGCCACUAUGGUAUUUUGUAAUACAUCAUCUACUUCUAGUUAUUUGAGCUAUCUAUUGGCCGAAAACAACAUUGCACACGAAAUGGUCAACGGUAAAAUGCCUCAACGUGUUCGAGAGGGACGUUAUAAUAGAUUUCAAAUGGGAGAAGUUGAGGUUUUAAUAGGAACGGAUAUACUUUCUCGCGGAUUGGAUACUUGCAGAACGCAACACGUAAUUAACUACAACUUUCCAAGUUUUCUGUCUGACUACAUUCAUCGAGCUGGAAGAGUAGGACGAAUUCAGAGCCAGGGAACAGGAUUUGUUCUUAACUACAUAUCGAAUAUUUGGGAAGUAGAUUUGGUGUGGAAGAUUGAAUUGGCAGCCCGAAAGGUUGGAAUAUUGGACAAUGUCGAUGCAAAUAUUAGAAAGCAGCUAAACAAAAUUAAUACUAAAGAAUCCUCAUUCAUAUGACCUUUAGCACAAACAACGAAGAAGCAAA